AUGGCGCUCCCACGAUUACGCGCAAGAUCAUUGCCCCCCCUCCGCCUGUGCAGGCAAUUCCCUUUCAACCCUCCAGUGUCACCACAGUCGCAGACAAAGCGUCACUCUUCGACGCUGGACGUCACGUCCGCACGAGCGUACUGUCUCGACCUCCUUCGGUUCCCGCCCCUUCCCUCCCCUUCCCUACUUUUUCGCAUCGAAAGCUAACACGCCCCAGCAAGCACGAUAAACCCUCCCAUCUCCUCUCCGUCUUCCAACCAGCCUAUAGCAAAGACACCUACCUCUCCCUCCGAGCCUUCAAUAUAGAAACCAGCCUAAUCCCCGACCAGGUCAGCAACACGACUCUGGGUCGCAUGCGGAUAAACUUCUGGCGGGACAACCUGACGAAGCUGUUCUCGCCCCCGUACACACCACCGGCAGAGCCAACGCUCCUCCUCCUCGCCCACGCCGUGCACUCCAACCACGCGAAGCUCACGAGGGGCUUCCUGACGCGCGUGCUCACGGAGCGGGAGAAGUACCUUGGCAACGUCCCCUUCCGGAACCUGUCGGAUUUGGAGGGCUACGCGGAGGGGACGUACGCUAGCUUGCUAUACGCGACAUUGGAAGGACUUGGGUUGAGGGAUACAGGGUUGGACCAUGUUGCUUCGCAUAUCGGCAAGGCGGAGGGGAUUGCCGCGGUGAUCAGGGGGCUGGCGGUGCUUGCUAGUGGUGAAGGGGGUGGGGCGGUGGUGUUGCCGUUGGAUGUGUGCGCUCGGGUAGGCUUGCGGCAGGAGGAUGUUUUGCGGAGGGCGCAAGGGAGGGUGAAGGAUCCGGAGGAUGGCGGAGAUGCUGUGGGGAAGUUGAAGGAAGUGGUAUUUGAGAUUGCGACGCUUGCUAACGAUCAUCUAAUCACCGCGAGGAAAAUGGUCACGGAGGAGCCGGCGGCGAGGGGAGUGGCGUUUUCGGGUUUUAUGCGGGCGGUUCCCACGGCGAUAUACCUGGAAAGACUAGAGAGCGUUGACUUUGAUCCCUUCGACCAUCGCCUUCAAAGACCGGAUUGGAAGCUGCCCUGGAGGGCGUAUAGAGCUUAUGCCACUCGGAGGUUC